GUGCUGCGCCUGGCGCUCUUGCCAAGACGCGUCGAGGCUUGAAGGUGGGCGGAUGGAAAGUUGCCCGAAAUAAACAGCUGGGUCCCGGGCGCCACACGAAUAUGAGCGGGGCCCACGGGUCGUCAGAACGUCUGAACACAGGCUCGCUCCCGCUUGCCACAGCUUGCAGCAGCCUUUGCUCGUGUAGGUAGACCCUACUGCAGGUGGCGCUGGCUAUGCGAUUGUGCCAAGCUCCGAGUUCCUCCCAUCGCGUGCGUGUUGCAGUCAUCCUGGGCGGGGCUGGCCUGUAACUUCUUAGCUGCGCUGCCCGCGUAACCCGGACGCAUCAAACCGCACGCAUGUACGCACGAUGUAUUCCUAGGUUCAUCGCCUAACUGGUAUGCACUCGAUCGAGCGCGAACUCCUCCUUUCGAAUGGACAGGCUUUAUGACAUCUUCAGCGCGGCGGCGCAGGCGCAGCAGCAAAAGCAAGAACCACGCUCACAACUGGUCGCAGCAGCCAGCAGCGCGCCGGCGGUCAUGGGCAGCGGCAGCGGCGGCAGCGGCAGCGGCGGUAGCGGCAGCGGCGGCGGCGCCCAGCCUCCGGCGCCCACUGCCGCGCCACCCGAAUCAGCCGACCUGGAAGGGAAUGGGCCAGGUGGUGUCCCCACGACGGCGGCGCUGGGUCUGGCGGCGGCGGCAGCAGACUGCGCAGGCGCGGCGCAGCGCGAUGUGAUGGGUCGGGCGGCGCGAUGUGGGUCGGGCGCGGUGGCUGGCGGCGCAAAUCCCCCGGGCGGCUGGGCGGGGGGGCCCAGCAGCAGCCACGUGAGCACGCUGGGGCAGCUGCUGCUGCCGGCGGCCACCGCGGCCAGCAGCCUUGCCACGGCUAGCAGCCUGGCGACCGCCGGUAGCAGCUUCACCGGCAGCAGCUGCGGCACGGGCCGCAGCGGCUUGGGCGGGGGGCAGCAGGCCGGUGGGCGUAGCGGCCUUGGCGGCAGCGGUGACCCUGGAGGCAGUGGUAGCGGCGGCUGUGGCAGUAGUAGCGGUGGUGGCGGCAGCGGUGGAACUGCGGAAGGAAGCACCGGCCGCGGCUGCAGCUUCCUGACAGUCAGCGGCGGCAGUCCGGAGGCGGCAGCGGACGCCGGCCCUGGCCUUGAGCCUACUGGCGCCCUUGAGAACCUUAACGAGCUGCAGCCCGCCGCAUGCAGCGUGCAGCACACUUGGCGCCUGCUCGGUGCGGCCAGAGUGGUGUCUGCACCUAGCGACAGCAGCAGCGUCGGCGAAUGCUCGCUGCCGAAAGGGCUUAUUCAGAUUCCAGCAGCGGCACCGUGGCGACCACCGGCCCGCCUAGAUGGAGCGGUGGCGACUGCGUGUGCCCCUGCGCCUGGACUUGCCGCGGGCGCGGCGCCGGCGGCGGGGGCGCUGCAGAAGGACCAGCAGGAGGGUUUGCUGCAAGCCCUUGUGUACAUGGGGGUAAUCUCAGAUACGGGACAGACCCCGGGGCGUCAGGGGCCCACGGCGAAUGUACGGGCAGCAGCACCCGGGACAACAGGGUCUGGAAGUCGCAGCCGUGAUGGCGGUUUCCGCCGCGCCAAUACUGCAGCGGCUGCAGCUCAGGACGGCUGUGAGCCUGCUGGUGCCUUCGCGCCACUGGCGGCGACUCUGAGCUCGCCGGCCGCUGCCGAUCAUGUGGAACAGGCGGGCAUCCAGUCAUUGCGGGAGGCUGUAGCAGCCGAGGAGUCGCACGGGGCGGCAGCGUGUGCUACUGCCGUUGAUGCCUGCGCGGCCGCGGUGUCCCUACUCGGCUCCGCACAGCGUCAGGCGGUGACGGACUGUGCUUCCCGCAGUAGCAGCUGCAGCCGCUAUGGCAAGCAUGGUGAGCAACCAGGGCCGCUUAGUACUACAGAGGCGCGGCCGCUGCCGCUGCUGCCGCCGCCGCAGGGGCUUCUCCUGCUCCGUGGCGGCUGCGGAAGUAGCGGCGGGGAUAAAAACAGCAGCAACAGCAGCAGCAGCAGCAAGCACAGGGCUGACGGCAGAAGCGCAUUGCUGGCAGCAAGCACGGGCCUGACGGCGGCGGCGCCACUGACGGGCCACAGGGGUCUGAGCGGUGCACCCGCGCUGGCUGCACCGCCGGCCUCUCCGCCGAGCUACACCUUUGCACCAGCGUCGGACAUGGAGCACGGCGCGGGCGCCCCGGACUCGCCGCCUGCGGCAGCCUCAAAGCGGCUCACAUGCGUCCCAGGGAAGUGCGAUGCACCGGCGACGGCAGCGGGGCCGCCCAGUACCCUGCCGGCUCUGGCACCGCCGCCGCCAGCACCACCACCAGCCCUGGCACCGGCGCCCCUUUCGGCGCCAACGCUGCAGCUCCGACGGCUGUUGCUACAGCCUCCCGCGCCGGCCGUGAUGGCAGCCACGCCCGCCGCAGCUGCCGCUACCGCCGCGGGCGCCCUGCCUUCUGCGUCUGUGGGGUGGGCGAGGACCGGGGGUGCGGGGUCGUCGUCGUCGUCGCCGUCGGCGCUGUACCGCUCCCCGGCACGCCACGUCACCGUGUCCAUGAAGUUUGACACGCCGCCAGGGAUGUCGUUCGAGGAGACUGCCGCCGCCCUGUCAGCGUCAGCGCAUCGGACAGUGGAGCAAGUCCUUCGCCGCAGCAGCGCAUACGCUCGCAGCCAAACCGCAAACGUCGGCACAGACAGCUGCGAUGUUGCCUCUGGCUCCGCUGGCACACCAGGCACAGGCGUAGCCGGCCUUCCGAGCAGCGCAAGCGGCACGGGCGGCGGCGGCGGCGGUGCCAUAAGUAGUGACACCAGCAGCAUCAGCGGCAUCCCUAGCAGCUCCGGAACCUCAUCCCUGUUCGCUGCGACUCCGUCAUCCGAGGCUGCAGCGAGUGCAGCAGGCCUGGCACCGGGCUCAACCACCCCUGCUGCAGCGGCGGCAGGCGCGCCUGGCGCCGCCGCAGCCAUUCGCGGCGCUGGCGCUGCUGAUCCCUCUGCCCGCGUCGCGGCCGCUGCUGAGGCCUCGGAGCCGGCCGCUGCGGCAAGUGAUGGCGGCGAUGGAGCGGUGGUGGCGGCGGCGGCGGCGGCGGCUACGCCUGUGCCCGGCGGCGGCGGGCUGAGGUGGCACAGCUAUGCCACGCAGGUGCAGUAUCUGCGGGGCUGCAUCGAGGUGGUGCUGCGACUGCAGUUCGAUGCGCCGGACGGUCCAGACGAGGCCGCCGCGUCCGACGCCCUCCUGCACGCCGCCAUGGAGGCCCUGCACGACGAGCUGCACGGCCAGCUGCUACAGCUGCCCGAGGCCGCCCACGCCGAGCUGCUGCUGCCGCUGCACCUGCUGCACCCAGCCGGCGGGAAUGCGGUGGGCGCGGAUGGGGAGUACGGGGAGCCGCCGCUGCCUCCACAGCCGCCGCCGCCGCAGAUGGUGCCGCUGCUGGUCUACAUGGACCCGCCAGUGCUGAUAGCAGCAGCGUCGCCGCCGCGCGCGCCGCUGCAUCGGCCCCUGCAACAGCAACAAGUGCCACCGCAGCAGCCGCAGGGCCAGCCGCAGGCACCCGUUGUCGCUGGCAGCAGCCGCGCAACGGCCCCGGGUGAUCCUCGGACAGCCGUGCGGGCAGCGGUGGCGGCGCUCUCACCCGCAUCACGCUGGGGCUCUGCCGAUGCAGCCGCGGAAUCAGAAGCACCUGGGGGCGGCGCCGAACCCCAGGCCGCCACGGCGACAACGACCCUUGGAGCGCCACAACAAGGCAGCGAGCGGCGGUCAGCGUUGGCGGAGCCGCUGCAGGAGCCAGGGCGCCAGGCCGUGGCGGCGGCGCUGGUGCCCUCCAGCUCACCCUCACCGCCGCCACCGGAGUCGCCGGCUGCGUCCGCGCGAGCUCGGCGCGCGGCACGCCGCCGGGCGCCGCCGCGGCGCGGCCUAACCUGCGCUGCCGAGUACUUUGGCACUCGCAGCAGCCGGGAAUGGCACGGGCUUGCAGGUGGCGGCGGCGGUGUGGACGACACUGCUUCGGAGAAGGGCGCGGCGGGGGGCCGCCGGCUGCGUCACGGGAUCAGUGGCGAAGUGGGCGGCGCGGGCGUGGGUGAGGACCUGAUGGCAGGCGACAGCGCCAGUGAGCUCAGCGAGUACGGCUUCAAUGAUGGAGGAGGAGGAGGCGGAGGCGAGGGGUGGGUUGCGGUGCAGGAGCGGCAGCAGGAGCGGCAGCAGGAACGGCAGCAAGAGAGGGACUGGGAGCGGAAGCAGCCGGCCGGGGUGCGGUGGCCCGCGACGGGCCAGCUGACAGUGGCUGCGGAGGAGGGGAAAGGGCAAGAAGCGGCAGAAUCCAGUGGAGUUGUGCAGCUAGGCGCCGACCUCCAGGGCAGCAUGGCGACGCCCUUUGCGGCUGCCGCCGCGGCAGCCGCCAUGGAGGCUGCAGCCGUGCCAGCAGGCAUUGCUGGCGCCAGUGGCAGCACAGGCAACAGCAGCAGCAGAAGCAGCAGCCGCUACCACAACGUCCUUGAUUUGAGUCUGGUCCCGCCGCAUCAUAUCGCCACCACAGCAGUGCCGGUGACUGAGCAAGGCCGCCGCCCGCGCCACGCCCGCGCCCACGCACCCGCCGGCACUGCCGAGGCCUCCGCUGCGGCGCCGGACAGCCCUGACAUCGGCAGCGGCGACUCCGCCGGUGUCGGUGAGGCUGGGGCUGCGGCCGCCGUGACGCCCUUUCUCCACCCCUCCUUGGCAGCGGUGCCGCCGCUGCCGAUGGCGACGGCUUCAGAGCCGGCGGCGCUGCUUCCCCACCAGCAGGUUGUAAUGGAGCUGCUAACGGCUUCGGAUUCGGAAUCGCUAGAUCAAGACCGCUUCGCACCCGCCGCUAACGCUCGCGGCAGCCUCGGCGGCAACGGCGGCGGCGGCGGCACCCCAGAUUCGGAGGCGGUGAACGUGACGGCGCAGGGCUGGCUGCAGCAUUGUGGCGCUGAAGCCGCCUCGCACUCCACCUCGCCUUCCGCCGCCGCGACCAGUAUGAUCUUUGCGGGGCAGGUCCGCGACCUGGGUGGUGCCGCCGGCGGCAGCAGCAGCGGCGUCGGCGCUGGCGGCCGCGUAUCGUGGGGCGGUGACGCCGGCAGCAGCGGCGGCGGUGCUGUGAGCCCUUUUGCAGGGGCCCUCAUGCAGCGGCAGCCGUCAGGCCACAUCCACGGCCCGGACCAAGCCGCCGCUGCUGGCCGUGAUGCGGCAACUGGUGCAGAUACAGUGCCUCCUGCGCGCGCGGGAUCUCAUCGCUCUCUGCGCCCCUCGCCGUUCGUAGGCGCUGCGGCGGCGCCAGAGUCAACCGGUACUGGUGGCGGUGGCGGUGGCGGCGGCGGUGGCGGCGCAGUACGUGCGCCCAGCCUGGAUCGCUCCUUUUCCCUGUCGGCCGCCGCGCGCCUGCACCAACACCGCAUGGAGCACCAGCCGCAGCAGCAGCAGCAACAGCAGCAACACCAGUGGUGGCGGCAGCAGCAGGUGCAGGGUGAGAACACGGGUGGUCUGGCAACAGCAGGUGAAGCAGGUGCACGCGCGCACGGUGGGGUUGCGGUUGCGGCUCCUGCUGUCAACCCAGUAGCAGAGGCUGCAGCCGUCGCGGCCUUCUCGCCGCCACCCUGGCUCCUGCUGGCGCGACGCAGCAACAGCGGCCCUGCCGGUGGCCGCUUCAGUCCACUCAGAGCCCCGGCAGUAGCUUCAGGUCCACUCAGAGCCCCGGCAGUAGCUUCAGGUGCAGCGGCCGUAGCAGCCCCUGUGGCACUGGUUGCUGCCGGCGGGUCCAGCGGCCAGCUUGCAUCCACAACGGCGUUUUCGGACUUCGCCGCUGGCCGGGCUCGCGGCCCCCCUGCUGUGCCGCCGGCUAUAGCAGCGCAGCGGCCGGUGCCGCGGCAGCGAGCAGCGGUUCCAGAGGCAGAGGCUGCGGCAGUAGCAUCUGCGGCGGUUGCAGCAGCACCCACGCAGACGGUAUGCUUCACGCUGCACCUGGACAUGUCCUCUGACGCUGGUGGCGGGACGGCGGGUACUGCAGCCGCUGCUACUGCCGUGCCGCCCCCGCUGCUGGUGCGGGUGGUGGUGACGCAGGCAGGCGCGGUGGUGGCGGAGGUGCCGCAGGUGGAGGUGGGGCCGCGAGGAGCCAGCGUCAGCCUGGACCUGCCUGCAGCGCUGGCCGAGGGCAGCGCGGCGCUGCUGGUGCUGCCGUACCGGGGUGACGGCCAUGGGCAGGAGGCGGAGCCCGCCGCCGCCGGCGGAGCUGCUGCGGCUGCUGCAGCCCCAGCGGCCCUGGCGGCGCUGCACUACAGCCCCAUUGCGGUGGUGCCGCCGGAGGUGGCGGCGGAGCUGUGUGGCCUCAUGGGCCGAAUGGAGCAGGAGCUGGCGGCGGAGGCGGAGGCGGCAGUAGCAGCAGCUGGCGAGGGCGGCGGCAGUAGCAGCACCAGCAGCGCUAUGGUUCGAGCCCGCGCCUUCACCCACAGCUUUUCGCCCUUCGUGUCGGACAUGAUGUCUUUAUUGAUGGGCGGCAACCGUUUCGCGGCGGCGCGCUCCGCUGCUGCCGCCACUGCCGUGGCUACUGCCAGUGGCGGUGCAGCGGCGCCGCCGGAUGCAGCGGCGCAGGAUCUACAGGAAGCUGUACGGCAUCUUCAGCAGCUGCAGAUGCUGGUGAACGCGCUGCUGUCGUACAUGCGUCAGACUCAUCUGCCGUACACACAGCAGUACAUGGCGGCAGGGCUGGCGGGCGCAGGCGUCCUCCCAGCAAGUAGCUUUGGCAGUGCCUCGCCUCCGCCGACGGUGGCACGCCGUGACACCGCCAGGCAACGUCUGCAGGAGCAGCAGCAGCAGCAGCAGCACAGUCAGGAGCGGCAUGGAUAUGAGCAGCAGGCGGAGGUUGCUUCACAGCUACUGCCGCAGGAGUGUGGUGAUCAUGUGCCUGCAUCUGCACCAGCAGCGACAGCGGAAUCAGCAGCCGAUUCAGCAGCUGAGGCGGAGGUUGGACCGGCGCCGCCGCUGGCGGAGGCGCGCUGCCGGGGGUUCGCGGCGGACGCUGCUUGGGCGGUCGGUAGAGCCGCUGCAGUUGCUCGGCGACGCCUGCUGUGGGGCCUCGCUGCAUCAGGGCAACGGCUCCACGGGCCGCUGUGCCAGGCGGGCCUGUCGCCGGCAGCGGUGUCGGCCGCGGCGGCAGCGGCGGUGGCCGUGGCCGGCGCGCUAGUGCUGAGGCGGCUGCAGCUGCGCGCAGCCGGCUUGCCGCCGAUGGAUGGUGGUCCUGGCGGCGGCGGUGGCGGAGGUGGCGCGGGCAGACUGCCGGGCAGGGGCACAGAUGCACUGCAGCAAACCCACGGCGGUCAACGCAUGGGUCAGGAUCGGCAGGGGCAGCAGGGCCACGGGCAGCCUUGGUCGGUGGGCUUGCACAGCGGGUUCGAGGUGGUGGCCAUGUGGGCAACGGCGAUGGCUACGGUCAUGGCCGUGGUCUUGGCCGCGGUGGCGUGGGUGACGCAGCGGCUGCUGCGGCGGCGUCGCGGUGUCUGCGCCGCUAGCACCGCCGCGGCGGGCCAGCAGCAGUAGGCGGCUCACCAGUGGGUGGUGACAUUUGGCCGUGCUUUUGAUUUUGGCAUGGUCGGCGUGAGAGCCGGAGUUUACUGGGAUUGAACUAGCUUCGAAGGGGUGCCAACCGCUGUUUGGGCAGACUGCGGCGCUACGUCUGCACACUGGACGCCAAGGCUACGCACGUAAAACAAACGCAUGAAGGACGCUUUAUAUACCGUACGUGCGCAUUUAGAGAAUAGUAUGUAUGCUCCUAUUGAUGAUGCGCUAUUGCAUGGAAUACUGCACGUGUCAGGACUUAUCCCAAGUCAUACAUACUCAAGACAGUCAAACACCGAUUGCUGAACCAACGCAUCACCGGAACACUACUGCAAUGCAAAGUUUGCUAAGAUGCAGCGCCCAGGCUUUCAGGGCGGGCCUAUGGUGAUUGUUGGAUAUGGAUUGGAGAGGUGCAGCAUGCAAAGAUUGCAGUACGGCUCGCGUGAAACGGCGUGAAGCAUCGGGGUGUUUAGAGACUUAAAUAGCUGUCUGCGCGUAUUGCAGGACAUGGAACCAAAAACCCAAUGCCGACUGGGCCGCCAAUAAUUGUGGGGCUUCGAUUUUAUAACGCGAGUUGAUAUUAGGUGUUGCGGAUCUUUGCCUUGGUCACAGUCAUGAGGAUCAGAGGGCAAGGACAAUCAAGGCUAGUAAAAGCA